AUGGACUGGACCCCAGAUUCCAUUUACACGCCUAACUUUGAUUUUACAAAUGAGACCAACCAGUUAUCAUCAGAAAAGAACAGUUAUGAAGUAGUUUUAUACUAUCAGGAGACACUGUAAGGAAGUAAAACCUUCAACUGUACAAGGUUUUGUUUCAGAAAUGACACACAAGACAGAAAUGAAUUUGAAAGACAACACAGAAAUAAAGUGGGAUGUUUCAGUCAAAUGACAUUCAGAAAACAUAAAUCUCUUUUUCUAGAUCAAAUAAUUCACACUGGAGAGAAAUCAUAUGAAUGUAUGGAAUGUGGGAUCCUCAUUAGAAAAUAUUCACAUCUUCCUAAACAUCUGAAAGACCAUCCUUGAGUGAGGUUAAAUGAAUGUAAGGACUGGGGAAAGACUUUUCUUCCACAUCUUAUUAGACAUCAGAAAAUUCAUACUGAUUUUCAACCCUAUGAAUGUAAUGGAUGUGAGAAAACUUUUAGAUUUCUUUCACACCUCAUUCAACACCAGAUAAUUCAUACCAAUGUUAAACCCUAUGAAUGUAAGCAGUGUGGGAAGGUCUACAGACAUCAUUCUCAACUUCCUGAAUACCAGUAAACCCAUAUUCAUUUGAAAUACUAUGAAUGCAAAGAAUGUGGAAAACCUUUUACAUUGAUUCGACAUACGCGUGUAAAUCAGAAAGUGUAUCAUGGUGUUAAACCCUAUAUUUGUAAAGCAUGUGGGAUGGCCUUUGGUCAUCAUUCCGGUCUUUUUCACCAUAAGAGAACUCAUACUGGUGAGAAGCCAUAGGAAUGCAAACUGUGUGGAAAGGCCUUUGCUUGUAGCUUUUUACUUACUGAACAUCAGAGAAGUCAUACUGGUGAGAAACCUUCUGACUAUAGAAAACUGAAUUGUAAUGAAUGUGGGAAAGCCUUCUGCAGAGGUUCUCAACUUAUACAUCAGAGAAUUCAUACUGAAGAGAAAGCUCCUAAAUACACUGAUUGUAAGGAAUGUGGGAAGGCCUUCUGUGGAGACUCUCAACUUAUACAACAUCAGAGAAGUCAUACUGGUGAGACACCUCAUGAAUGUAAGUGUGGGAAGACUUUUAAACUUUAUUCCCAACUUAUUCAACAUCAGAUAAUUCAUACUGAUGUGAAACCAGAUGAAUGUAAACAGCGUGGAAAAGUCUUGAGUCGUGUUUAAAAUCAUGACUUUAAAGACUUUAAAAUCCAUGAGUCAAUUCCUGCUGGGAAGAAAAUCUAUGAAUGUAAGAAAUGUGGAAAAACCUUUAGACUCAGUUCUCAACUCACUUAUCAUCAGAUAGUUCAUACUGGUUUGAAGCCCUACAUAUGUAAAGAAUAUAACAAGGCCUUUAGUUGUAUCUCAGGUCUUUCUCAACUAAAGAGAAUUCAUACUGGUGAAAAACGCUAUGAAUAUAAAGAAUGUGGCAAAUGCUCAGCUUACUCAAACUCAGAGAACUCAUGCUGGUCUGCCACCAUACAGAUGGAAGGAAUGUGGGAAGGCCUUUAG